AUAUAUACAACACAAUAUAUUAUACAAAAAAGACAUACAUUUCUUCAUACUCCUCCACCCAAACGCGGAUUCUUCGGUGGUCGUCUUCUUCCUCCCGCCGUCCACUUUCUCUCUCUAAAACCUUCUCUCUCUAUAAACACUUUCCACCAAAUCCCCAAUCUCCAUUCACACCCACAAAACUUCCAAUCUUGACUCUUCAAUGGCAAUUUCAAAGAGUGUAAACAACAAGAAACAGCUUCAUCAUCACUCCUACAUCUCUGUACCAUCUGAGAUUAUAAACUCUCUCUCAUCAGCUAAUCUCCAAUCUCUUGUUGAUACACCCAAAAAAACAGCUGCAGUUUCCAAAGUUAGCAACUUUAAUAAGUUAAAGAUCAUCUGUAAGAACCCUAGAGUUUGGUUCUUGUUGCUUUUUUUAUGUGGGUUUCUGUUUAUGUUAAGGGUUUAUAAAUUUGACCCAUUUGGAGUAUACCCAUGUGGGAAUCUUGAAAAAAAAGAUGAUUCCAAGGUGGGUUUGACUUCUGUGGUCAAAACUGAUCAAUCUGCGGUCAAGAUUGAUCCUUUUGUGGGCAAGAUUGAUGAGAAAGAUGAGGAGAAAAGUGGGUUUUGGGAGCAACCAGAUGGGUUAGGGUAUAAACCUUGUUUGGAUUUUAGUAAUGAGUAUAAGAAAGCAAGUGUUGAGAUUUUGAAAGACAGAACAAAGUAUUUGGUUGUGGUGGUUUCUGGUGGUAUGAAUCAGCAGAGGAAUCAGAUUGUUGAUGCUGUUGUGAUUGCUAGAAUCCUUGGGGCUACUCUUGUUGUGCCCAUUUUGCAAGUUAAUGUUAUUUGGGGAGAUGAAAGUGAAUUUUCUGAUAUAUUUGAUGUUGAGCACUUCAAGGGGACUCUAGCAGAUGAUGUUAGAGUGAUUUCAUCAUUGCCAUCAAACCACUUGAUGUCAAGACCAGUGGAGGAAAAGCACACUCCGCUACAUGUUUCGCCGCAAUGGAUUCGAUCUCGUUAUCUUAGAAGGAUGAGGAGAGAAGGUGUUCUACUUCUACGAGGUCUAGAUUCGAGGCUAUCUAAAGAUCUACCUUCUGAUCUCCAAAAGCUUCGAUGCAAGGUUGCGUUUCACGCAUUGAGGUUUGCGCCACCGAUCGUGGAACUUGGAAACAAGCUUACAGAAAGAAUGAGAAGCAAAGGGCCUUAUCUUGCACUUCAUCUUAGAAUGGAGAAAGACGUUUGGGUUAGAACCGGAUGUCUUCCUGGGUUGAGCUCAAAAUACGAUCAAAUAAUUUACAACGAGAGAAAGCUUCGCCCUGAACUCUUAACUUCAAGGUCCAACAUGACGUAUCAUGACCGGAAACUUGCCGGUCUUUGUCCUCUAAAUGCUCUGGAAGUUACACGGCUCUUAAAAGCUCUUGGAGCUCCGAAGAACGCACGGAUCUUUUGGGCGGGAGGAGACCCGUUAGGCGGGAAAGAAGCGUUGCUACCGUUGAUGAAAGAGUACCCUAAUUUCUACAACAAAGAAGACCUCGCUUUACCUGGAGAGCUAGAUCGGUUCGCAAACAAAGCUUCGUUAAUGGCUGCCCUUGAUUACAUCGUCUCCGAAAACAGUGACGUGUUCAUGCCCUCUCACGGUGGAAACAUGGGUCACGCAAUUCAAGGACAUAGAGCGUACGCAGGACAUAAAAAGACGAUCACGCCCAACAAAAGACAAAUGUUGUCAUAUUUCUUGAACUCGUCACUUCCCGAAGCGGAAUUCAACAAGAUCAUCUUUGAUUUGCACCGCGAUUCGUUGGGUCAGCCAGUCGUCAGAACUAGCAAAUCGGGACGCGAUGUUACAAAGUAUCCUAUUCCCGAAUGCAUGCGCAAUGAUACGUUGGUUCAACGGGUUUUGUAAGUUUUGGGUCAGUGUCAGCAACGAGAAAUGGUCCGGGUCGGGCCGGUUUUGAACUGUGAUGGAUUAAAGUCAAUCUUUUAUAGAUACAAGUGGGCGUAUAUGCAUGCGAAGGAGCUGUGAACAAGAAGGGAUCUGUUUUGUCUGUUUGGUUCUUAUUUGAUUGAUUUAUUCUUUUUCACUACAUGUACAUAAUAAGUUACAUAUAUACAAUGGUUACUUCAUUUACACGAUCAACAAAUCUUUAUUCAAUUGAUUUAUUUUA